AAUCACUCUCCACCUUAAUUUUUUAGACAGGGUGUCUCCUUGAGCCCAGAGCUCACCAAUUGUCUAGAGUAGCUGACCAGUGAGAUUUGGAGGUCCCAUCCCCCCAGAGCUGGGCUUGCAGACAUGUGACACCAUACCCAGCUUUUACAUGGGUACUAGGGAUCUAAAUUCAACUUCUCAUGCCUAUGCCAUAGGCACAUUACCGACUGAGCCAACUCCCCAGCCCCCAGUGACUGACUUCUUGUGAUUGGAUUUUAUAAACGUUAUUGCUAACGUUUCUGCAGGUAGAUGGGGCUGGAAUUCACCAUAAUGCAACCUGUACUCCAGCCCAUACAGUGUGUACAGCCAUGCACUUCCUGUUCCAGUUGAGCAUUCACAGCUGCUGCUGAGAUCUCAUUACUAGUAGCUCUGGGCUAUUGCAGAGAGGGGUCAUAGUUCUCCUUUCUGCUCAUUAUAUAGGAUUCAUUUUCACAAGAAAGAUUACCACUUUGAAUAUACAGAAUGUGAUAGCACUGGCUCCAGGUGGAGGGUCGCCAUUCCGAAUUCUGCAGUGGAUUGCUCUGGCCUGCCUGACCCAGUGAGAGGCAAAGAAUGCACUUUUUCCUGUGCCUCUGGAGAGUACCUAGAAAUGAAGAACCAGGUGUGCAGUAAGUGUGUUGAAGGCACCUACUCCUUGGGCAGUGGCAUCAAAUUUGAUGAAUGGGAUGAGUUGCCUGCAGGAUUUUCCAACGUUGCCACAUUCAUGGACACUGUGGUGGGCCCUUCGGACAGCAGGCCAGGUGGUUGUAACAACUCUUCUUGGCUUCCUCGCGGGAACUAUAUAGAGUCCAACCGUGAUGACUGCACUGUGUCUCUGAUCUACGCCGUGCACCUUAAGAAGUCAGGCUAUGUCUUCUUUGAGUACCAGUACGUGGACAACAACAUCUUCUUUGAGUUCUUUAUUCAGAAUGACCAGUGCCAGGAGAUGGAUGCCACCACAGACAAGUGGGUGAAACUCACAGACAAUGGAGAAUGGGGCUCCCAUUCUGUGAUGCUGAAAUCAGGCACCAAUAUUCUGUACUGGAGGACGACAGGCAUCCUUAUGGGCUCGAAGGCGGUCAAGCCUGUGCUAGUGAAAAAUAUCACCAUCGAAGGGGUGGCGUACACCUCAGAGUGCUUCCCAUGUAAGCCAGGCACUUUCAGCGACAAACCAGGCUCAUUUAACUGCCAAAUGUGCCCCAGAAACACCUAUUCUGAGAAGGGUGCAAAAGAAUGCAUAAGGUGUAAGGAGGACUCCCAAUUUUCAGAGGAAGGAGCCAGUGAGUGUGUGGAUCGCCCACCCUGCACUACCAAAGACUAUUUCCAGAUCCAUACCCCAUGUGAUGAAGAAGGAAAGACACAGAUAAUGUACAAGUGGAUAGAGCCGAAAAUCUGCAGGGAGGACCUCAUGGAUGCUAUCAGGCUGCCCCCUUCUGGAGAGAAGAAGGAUUGUCCCCCCUGCAACCCAGGGUUCUAUAACAACCGAUCUUCUUCUUGCCAUCCCUGCCCUCUGGGGACAUUUUCAGACGGAACAAAGGAAUGCAAGCCGUGUCCAGCAGGAACAGAGCCAGCGCUUGGGUUUGAGUAUAAAUGGUGGAAUGUCCUUCCUGCCAACAUGAAGACUUCCUGCUUCAAUGUUGGGAAUUCCAAGUGUGAUGGAAUGAACGGUUGGGAGGUAGCUGGAGAUCACAUCCAGAGUGGAGCUGGAGGCUCUGACAAUGACUACCUCAUCUUAACCUUGCACAUCCCAGGAUUUAAACCACCAACUUCUAUGACUGGAGCCACGGGUUCUGAGCUAGGAAGAAUAACAUUUGUCUUUGAGACCCUCUGCUCAGCAGACUGUGUUCUGUACUUCAUGGUGGAUAUAAAUAGAAAAAGUACCAAUGUGGUGGAAUCAUGGGGAGGAACCAAAGAAAAGCAAGCAUAUACCCAUAUCAUCUUCAAGAAUGCAACAUUUACAUUUACGUGGGCAUUCCAGAGAACUAAUCAAGGUCAAGAUAACAGACGUUUCAUCAAUGAUGUGGUGAAGAUUUAUUCUAUCACAGCCACUAAUGCAGUGGAUGGGGUGGCAUCCUCAUGCCGUGCCUGUGCCCUUGGUUCUGAGCAGUCGGGCUCAUCAUGUGUACCCUGCCCUCCAGGCCACUACAUCGAGAAAGAAACUAACCAGUGCCAGGAGUGCCCCGCUGACACCUACCUGUCCAUCCAUCAGGUCUAUGGCAAGGAGGCUUGCAUUCCCUGUGGACCCGGAAGUAAAAGCACCCAGGAUCACUCCACUUGCUACAGCGACUGCUUCUUCUCCUACGAAAAGGAGAACCAGAGUCUGCACUAUGACUUCCGCAACCUCAGCAGUGUGGGUUCGCUAAUGAACGGCCCCAGCUUCACCUCCAAGGGAACCAAAUACUUCCAUUUCUUCAAUAUCAGUUUAUGUGGGCAUGAGGGGAGAAAGAUGGCUCUCUGUACCAACAACAUCUCAGACUUCACAGUGAAGGAAGUGAUGACAGGCUCAGAUGACUACACCAAUUUGCUUGGAGCAUUUGUAUGCCAGUCAACUAUUAUUCCUUCUGAAAGCAAGGGCUUCCGGGCAGCCUUGUCAUCUCAGUCUAUCAUUCUGGCAGACACAUUUUUAGGAGUCACGGUUGACGCUGCCUUGCAAAACGUUAAUAUUAAGGAAGAUAUGUUCCCAGUGUCACCAAGCCAAAUCCCAGAUGUGCAUUUCUUUUAUAAGUCUUCCACGGCCACCACAUCUUGUAUUAAUGGCCGAUCGACUGCUGUGAAAAUGCGGUGUAAUCCCAUGAGACCUGGUGCAGGUGUGAUUUCAGUCCCCAGCAAGUGCCCAGCUGGCACCUGUGAUGGCUGUGCAUUCUACUUUCUAUGGGAGAGUGCAGAGGCUUGCCCUCUGUGCACAGAACAUGACUUCCAUGAAAUCGAGGGAGCCUGCAAGAGAGGACUUCAGGAAACAUUGUAUGUAUGGAACGAACCCAAGUGGUGCAUUAAAGGAAUUACUUUGCCUGAGAAAAAGUUAUCAACCUGUGAAACAGUUGACUUUUGGCUGAAAGUGGGAGCUGGUGUGGGGGCAUUCACAGCCGUUUUGUUGGUGGCUUUAACGUGCUACUUUUGGAAAAAGAAUCAAAAGCUGGAAUACAAAUAUUCUAAAUUAGUAAUGACGACUAACUCGAAAGAGUGUGAGCUCCCAGCUGCAGACAGCUGUGCUAUCAUGGAAGGAGAAGAUAACGAAGAGGAUGUUGUAUACUCCAACAAACAAUCACUACUAGGGAAACUUAAAUCUUUGGCCACAAAGGAAAAAGAUGACCACUUUGAAUCCGUUCAGCUGAAAUCCUCAAGAUGCCCCAAUAUCUGAAGGGACAGUGCUGUAGCGUUCAGACUGAUGAGCGAGGACACCUGAUCUUUAGUUUUUCAGGACCUCUUAGGACCUGUCCUCACACCUGUCACAUCUGUGACGUCACAGAGGAGGCGUGCCACCGAGAGGAGGAGGCAGGCAUACUGAUUGCCUUAUAACACAUCACAUACUUUGUCAAACUACAGAAGACAGAUGAUUUGGGUCUCACUGAAGAUGAAACUUAACUCAGGAAGAGAUUUAGCUGUAUAUACACCUAACUGAAACCCACCAAUGCACUGCUGAUGCAUGCCAUAUAAUUACUGGGAAACUUUAAUUCUUUACGAUGUCUACAUAAGAAAUGUGUGUUGGAAGGCAGACACAAGCAUAUGCCUUGUGUUCCCACGUAUGUCUAAGUAAUUGGGGAAGAUUUGAAAAAAUUUAAGUUAUAAUUAUUUUUUCCCUUAUUUCUUCAAGACUUGCAAACAUCUUUUCUAUUAAAAUGGUGAGUGAUGAAAGACAAUAAAUUUUCAGAGGUUAUUUUCUCUUGACUUUGGAAGCCUAGGAUAUCAGUAAUGUUUUGUGAAGUUAUUUACUUGGGUUAUCAAAGCUGAUUAUUGCUUUUAAAAUUUCGCCUUUGUCAGAACUGGUCUGAAGAAUUUAACUAAUUGCUUGAAGGGAUCUUAAGGGGGAGGGAAUGAAAUCCGAGGAGAAACCUCAACAUUCCCUUAAUUGGAACAGUCCAGGUAUUGGAACAGAACAGGUAUUUUCAGAAGUCAGAGGGCUUAAAGCCAUGUGAGUGUUGCUGAAGAAUAAAGCAGGUGGAACACCUUGUUUAUCAGACUCCUGCACAGUCAUGAAGAAGGAGGAGGAGGGAUGGCUUGGCUCCAAGAACAGAUACCUGCUUGUCUGGGCAGCUCAAGGUCUCCACAGCUGCCCCUGGGCUUUUCCUUCACUGCAGGCAGACCCCCAGAGCUUUGGUGUUUUUUUAUUUUUUCUUUGCUACAAGGCUUUGAGGAUCCUGAAUUUCUUGGAAGAUUUUAUUUUUAGCCAAUAAGGAAGAAAUUCAAUUUUUGAAAUGCAUAUCCUUGUAUUCAUAAUAAGAAUCUUAUCAGCAGCUAUGGAAUGCAUAUUGUUCCUGUUUAAAAGCAAUCUAGAAAAUCGUGACAUUCCUUAUGAUGGAUUAUGAGUAUUAGUGUGACUUGGAUAUUAUUUUUGGAAGAAGUUUGAAGGUGAAUUUGACCAAUUUUGUAUAAACUUUUAGAACUGGGAAGGAGGAGAGUAUCUUUCUUGUUAUUGGUCUAAGAUGUUCUGUUUUGUUUCCAGUAAACUGUAAUCUUUAAAAAAUUAAAAGAGAUUUUUGAUUGGCUGAAGGAGGCAAAGCCCAUGGGUAGGUUUUAACUAUGUUUUUGCCCGAGGUGUUUCAAUGACUUAUAAUGUUUGAUUCUGUGGGUAAUGUAGCCUUUAUUUUUGUGAAAAAUGAGAGAAAAAUGAAUAAAUGAAUAAUUGUGCUUAUUAGCCAGUGGGUAAAAACUGGACCAUUUUGCCAUCACUAAAAGAAUGUUUUUUUUUUUUGGUGUGUGUGUGUAUGUAUUUACUAUUAAAUAUAGAAAUAGAUGAUGUUGUGCUAUUGUUUGUUUAAGAUUGAAGAGAAUGUUACUUAGCAUAAUUUCUUGGAUAUUCUUCUGAAUAAGAGAUUAUUUUGGCUUUGGUCAUUUUUGCCACACUAUCAGAGUAUUGGCAUUCUUUCCCUAUCAAAAUAAUCAAAAUUUAGUCAUAAGAGUAGCAAUACACUUGAAAUGCGAUCCAGAGGAAGGGGCAGAAGUGCAGACUGGACAGCCAGAGAGUUUCCUCUACCGCUGUCCCCUCCUCAUUUUCUGCUCUGCUCAGCAUGCAGGUUCCAAGCCGUAGAGAUAAUUGGGAUUUGCUCGCAGGUAGUUCCUUUUCGCUUGUCACUGGACUAAAAUCUCUGACAUGUCAAAAAUGCCUUAAAUUUUAAUGAACUCUGAAAAUGCAGUUGAUAUUGAAGAAGUUAUUUAUUUUAUUUCUAAUUUUAGAUAUUAAAUAGACUUCUGUCAGCUCAGUCCCAUCUUUGGAUUCCCCUGGCUUGUCAUUUUAUUCUAAGAGCUGAAGAAUGAUGGCAGAGAGAAUGUUAUGAGGAGAAUAUGCAGACCAGUUUUAGCUAUAUAAUUCUGCUUUGUUUUAUGUAUGGCCUUUGAUAAGGCCAGUAAAAUGUUGAAAGGUAUAAACAAAUUAUUAUGUUUCUAUGACUUUUCAUUGACAUUUAAUUCCCCCAUCACUACCAGUGCUAGAAAAAUAUAUUAUUUUUUUUCUAAAAGGCAUACUUUGGAGCCUUAAAUACUUCAUUAAGUCAACUGUUGCCUAUAACAUCUCUUAGCACUGUAUCAAAACAUACUUAAGUCAGUUUCCCACUGGAUGAGAACAUGCCUUCUAUGUUAUAUUAUGCCAUUUAACAAUGUUGAGCAAUUUGAUAUGUAUUCACUCGAUUUAAAAGACUGAAUUUUAUCAUUAUUGACCUUUCCCCUCUUUGGUUACUAAUAAUCAUAACUUUCUUAGGAUUAAAAACAUUUCAUAGUACCUUUGUGUAGAGUUUUGUCAUUCUUCUUCCCCAAAAAUGAUGGUUUCAGUCAGUACCGUGGAAGAAUUACUGGAGUCCAGUUAUUCACCAUCAGGGUUCUCAGGGGGCAGCUGGCAGUUUGCUUCUGUGAGUCUCAUCUGGCCAGUGUAAUUUGAUGUCUUUUGGUAACAGUGUUUCCCAGGGCUCAUAGUCAUUCCUAAGGGGAGGCUAACGUGCUUCUAUUUUACUCAUGAAAGCCAGCUGCUUGGUUAGUGUGGGAUGUGUGGCUCACUUACGUUCUCAUAUUGAUAGGUAGAUGAUAGCUUCUGAGGAUGGGAUGUUGACAUGCAAAAUAGUAUGGACUCUUGAGACCUGGUACUAUAGAUUCUUUCCUGGUUUAUUUAUGACAUCUGUUCAUGUACGAUGUACCUCAGUGCUUGCCCAUUUACCAGAUCCUCUUUAAAUAUGAAACUAAAAUUGUAUUUAGUUUUCCUUCAUUGAUUGUUGGUUCAGUAAACACCUCCAAUUUCUUUAAAUGAAAUGUCAAUUAAGACCUUGGUUAGCUGGAUUUUUCUUUAUUUUAAUAACUCCUGGAAGGAGGCUUCUGUUUAAAAGAGCUUAUGAGUUUUGAUGAAAUUGGAGUAGAUUGGGCACUAUUUCCUUUAUGUCAGAUAACUGAUUUCAAAAUUAUUUUGGCUGCAUUUCAAAUAAAAGUAAACCAGUAAGAAUUACGUAAAUCUAAGCCUGCUGUUGCAGAGUAGGGUGGGUAAUUGCCUCACCCAUGGGUGUGCACCUUUACCUCAGGGUUCCAGUUCAAAUCUGUCUGUGUGGUUUUUCACAUCCCCUGCCUCCACAACCUUUUCCAGACAGACUAUGGGAUUUAGAAUGAUCAGGACAGGCAAACGGAUGAAGCAGGGACUAGCUGAGAGAUCAUGUGGACUUGAGGCUUGUAAAGACAGAGAUUACCUUUCUCAGCCAUUCUUGACAUCUGUCCUCUGUGUCGUACAGAAGCCAGCUUGGCUCAAAGUUUUAAAACAGGAACAACUUUCCUUUACCAUGCUAAGCUUGGGUGGGCAGGAAAACCUAUUAAUAUUUAAGCUAGAGAGGAUGCAGAGAGUCCAGUAAUUAUUCAGAAACACAAGGCAAGUAGAUAGCUAGCCUCUGAAAGUUUCUUUUAUGACUAUUAUUUAGCUUGGGGUUCUAAAAUUUAGAGAAGUUUUGCAGAGAUGGAUCAAUCAGCUUUGCAUUCUGGAAGGAUGAAAUGUUGUUACUAAUAUAGAAAAAAAAA